CUUAUCUUGAAUAAAUAGGCAACAAGUUUGAAGAACAGAGUCUGAUUGCAAGAAACGAAAAAUGACUUCAAUGAAAUGGAUUGUACUUGGUAUUUCUGGUGCGACAUGUAGUGGAAAAACUUCCUUAGUGAACCGUCUUCAGACGGAAUUGAAAAAUUCUGUUGUUAUACAUCAAGACCACUAUUUCUUACCAGUAGAUGAUCCUCGGCACACAAAAAUACCGGAACUGAAUCAUAUGAAUUGGGAGAUCAUAACCAGCGUAGAUAUGGAUAAAAUGCGAUCGGAUGUUUUAAAAUUACUUGAAACUUCAUCUGACGGUAAUAAUUCUACAGAGACGAACGACGUCAAGGUUUUAAUAUUAGAUGGUUUCUUGCUUUUCCAAUGCAAGCUGAUUUCAAACUUAUGCGAUAAGAAAUAUUUCUUAACGUUAACGAAAGAACAAUGUUGGGAAAGAAGGAAGGAUAGAUGUUAUGAUCCACCAGAUGUACCUGGAUAUUUUGAGAAGGUCGUAUGGCCAGAGUAUUUGAAACAAAAAAACGAAUUAUUAAAAGACAAAGAUUUAUAUAAACAUAUAACAUUCGUGGAUGGAUCAAAGAGCAAAGAAGAAGUAUUUCAAAUGGUUUUCGCGGAUAUAAAGAAAUUAUUAUCUUAAGAUUUUUAUCAUGUCAUUAUUGCAGAUAAAAAAGCACUUAAAACUAAAAAUAAAUA